AUGAAGGCCAUGGAGGAUCAAGUAGUCCAAGAAGAACCAGGAUACCAGGAUGAUGAGGAAUCCUUUUUUCAGGAUAUUGACCUGCUACAGAAGCAUGGAAUUAACGUAGCAGAUAUUAAAAAACUGAAGUCAGUUGGGAUCUGCACAAUCAAAGGAGUCCAGAUGACCACCAGACGGGCACUGUGCAAUGUAAAAGGGCUUUCAGAGGCCAAAGUGGACAAGAUUAAAGAAGCCGCAAACAAACUUAUUGAACCAGGCUUCCUGACUGCCUUUGAGUAUAGCGAAAAGCGGAAGAUGGUAUUUCAUAUUACUACUGGCAGCCAGGAAUUUGACAAACUUCUGGGUGGUGGGAUUGAAAGCAUGGCAAUCACUGAGGCCUUUGGAGAGUUCCGGACAGGCAAAACCCAGCUGUCCCACACCCUGUGCGUGACAGCUCAGCUUCCAGGACCAAAUGGCUACACAGGUGGAAAGAUUAUCUUCAUCGAUACUGAAAACACUUUCCGACCAGACCGUCUUCGUGACAUUGCUGAUCGCUUCAAUGUUGACCAUGAUGCAGUACUUGACAAUGUGCUGUACGCACGUGCAUAUACUAGUGAACAUCAGAUGGAAUUGCUUGACUAUGUAGCAGCCAAGUUCCAUGAGGAAGCUGGUAUCUUCAAGCUAUUGAUCAUUGACUCCAUAAUGGCACUUUUCCGUGUGGAUUUCAGUGGUCGUGGAGAGUUGGCUGAACGACAACAGAAACUAGCUCAGAUGCUGUCAAGGCUCCAAAAAAUAUCAGAAGAAUAUAACGUGGCCGUGUUCGUGACCAACCAGAUGACUGCUGAUCCAGGAGCAACUAUGACCUUUCAGGCAGACCCGAAAAAGCCCAUUGGAGGCCACAUCCUUGCUCAUGCUUCGACUACCAGGAUUAGCUUGAGAAAAGGGAGAGGGGAGCUGCGUAUUGCAAAGAUAUACGACAGCCCCGAAAUGCCUGAAAAUGAAGCCACAUUUGCAAUAACAGCUGGAGGGAUUGGGGAUGCCAAAGAAUAG